AGCAGAGCAGCUUGGAGAGAGUGGCGGCGGCGGAUGAGUCUGCGGCACCAAAACCUUUAUCAUACCAUCAAAAAACAAAAGACACAAAAAAAAGCAGCAGAGGAAAGCAGAACGGAAGUCCGCCGCAGUUGGAAGAUGACAUCUGCGCACCAUGGACUACAAUAGAGAGGACGCUUAGCGCGAACGGCGGACGGUUGGUGGGCGAUUUGAGUAAACUGGGCUCGGUUUUGGAACAUCUGUAGAGCAUAAUGUGGCCAUCCGCUAUCCUCCUUCCGAGGUCGAGUUAGACGCGCUAUUUUAGACGUUUACACGCUCCCCUUUCCGUCUAAAAAUCGAGCUAAUUCUUUCACCCCACCCCCCCGGGAGCAGUGAAGUCAUCUGUGAGGGGAAAAACGAGACUUAAUCAUCUCCGUAGCGACAAGGAAAAUCCGCUUUCUCACCCCCCCCUCACUCACUCGGACUCGCCCUGCUUCUCCCCCCACUCCACAACCCGCGUUUACAUGCUGUGUUCCCCCUGAAGUUCUCGCUCCUCAAUCCCCCCCCAUCUACCCACCCAGCUGGCCAUUAUCCGCCGUCGAGGAUGCCGGAUCAGAUAUCGGUAUCCGAGUUCCUCUCGGAGACCACAGAGGAUUACAAUUCGCCUACCACGUCCAGCUUCACCACCCGGCUGCAGAGCUGCAGGAACAGCGUCAACGUUCUGGAGGAGGCGUUGGACCAGGACCGAACUUCCCUGCAGAAGGUAAAGAAAUCCGUCAAGGCCAUCUACAAUUCAGGACAAGACCAUGUCCAAAAUGAAGAAAACUACGCCCAGGCUCUGGACAAAUUCGGCAGCAACUUCAUCAGCCGGGACAAUCCAGACCUUGGCACGGCUUUUGUCAAGUUCUCCUCGCUCACCAAGGAGCUGUCGGCCCUCCUGAAGAACCUGCUCCAGAGCCUGAGUCACAAUGUGAUCUUCACCCUGGACUCGCUGCUCAAGGGAGAUUUGAAGGGCGUGAAAGGGGACAUAAAGAAGCCCUUUGACAAGGCGUGGAAGGACUACGAGGCCAAGUUCACCAAAAUUGAGAAGGAGAAACGGGAGCACGCCAAGCAGCACGGGAUGAUCCGCACUGAGAUCACCGGGGCCGAGAUCGCUGAGGAGAUGGAAAAGGAGCGUCGUCUCUUCCAGCUCCAGAUGUGCGAGUACCUCAUCAAAGUGAACGAGAUCAAGACCAAAAAAGGGGUGGACCUCCUCCAGAACCUGAUUAAGUACUACCAUGCGCAGUGCAAUUUCUUCCAGGAUGGCUUGAAGACGGCAGACAAGCUGAAGCAGUACAUCGAGAAGCUGGCGGCCGACCUCUACAAUAUCAAACAAACCCAGGAUGAGGAGAAGAAGCAGCUGACCGCCUUGCGCGACCUCAUCAAGUCCUCCCUCCAGCUGGAUCAGAAGGAGGACUCGCAGAGUAAGCAAGGCGGCUACAGCAUGCACCAGCUGCAGGGCAACAAGGAGUUUGGCAGCGAGAAGAAAGGCUACCUGCUGAAGAAGAGUGACGGGCUGAGAAAGGUGUGGCAGCGAAGGCAGUGUUCGGUGAAGGGGGGCAUCCUCACCAUCUCCCAUGCCACAUCCAACAGGCAGCCGGUGAAGCUCAACCUCCUCACCUGCCAGGUCAAACCCAGUGGGGAGGACAGGAAGUGUUUUGAUCUCAUUUCUCAUAACCGGACAUAUCAUUUCCAAGCUGAGGAUGAGCAAGAGUUUGUCAUUUGGAUCUCUGUGCUGACCAACAGCAAGGAGGAGGCCCUGAACAUGGCGUUCCGCGGCGAGCAGACCAGCGCCGGCGAGGACGGCCUGGACGACCUGACCAAAGCCAUCAUCGAGGACGUGCUGCGCAUGCCGGGCAACGAGCUGUGCUGCGACUGCGGCGCGGCAGAUCCAAAAUGGCUGUCCACCAACUUGGGCAUCCUGACUUGCAUCGAAUGCUCCGGCAUCCACCGAGAGAUGGGGGUGCAUAUCUCCCGCAUCCAGUCCAUGGAGCUCGACAAACUGGGAACAUCAGAACUCUUGCUGGCCAAGAAUGUUGGGAACAGUAGUUUCAAUGAGAUCAUGGAGGGUAACCUGCCUUUCCCUUCACCCAAGCCCACCCCUUCCAGCGACAUGACGGUGAGGAAGGAGUUCAUCAACACCAAGUACGUGGACCACAAGUACGCCAGGAAGACGUGCUCGUCGGCGUCGGCCAAGAUGAUCGAGCUAUACGAGGCGGUGCAGUCCCGGGACCUGCUGGCCCUCAUCCAGGUCUACGCCGAGGGAGUGGAGCUCAUGGAGCCGCUGCCCGAGGCGGGGCCGGAAGCGGGAGAGACGGCACUGCACUACUCGGUCCGGACCGCCGACCAGACCUCGCUGCACCUGGUGGACUUCCUGGUGCAAAACAGCGGUAAUCUGGACAAGCAGACGGAGUGGGGCAACACGGCGCUCCAUUACUGCUGCAUGUACGAGAAGCCCGAGUGCCUCAAGUUGCUCCUCCGGGGCAAACCGGCAACCGACAUCACCAAUCAGAACGGGGAGACGGCGCUGGAAGUUGCUAGGCGACUGAGGAACGCUCCGUGCGAGGAGGCGCUGGUGCAGGCCGCAGAGGGUAAAUUCAACCCUCACAUCCACGUGGAGUACGAGUGGAGCCUCAGACUGGAGGAGAUGGACGAGAGCGACGACGACCUGGACGAUAAGCCGAGUCCCAUCAAGAAAGACCGUUCGCCGCGUCCGCAGAGCUUCUGCCACUCGUCCAGCCUGUCGCCGCACGACAAGCUCUCGCUGCCGGGCUUCAUCAGCCAGCGCGACAAGCAGCAGCGUCUGUCCUACAGCGCCUUCACCAACCAGAUGUACAGCGCCUCCACCGACCUCACGUCCUCGCCCGUGGCCGACGGCCCGCCGCUGCCGCCUAGGAACCAGGGAAAAGCUCCACACUUGGCAUUCCUCGGCUCUCAUUCGCACUACGCCACACUGGCUGGCACCCGACCAUACAUCACUCCUCCGCCCCCGUGCAGCCCCACCUCUCCACUCACGGCGGGAGGCAGCGCCACCCUGUCCAAGAAGAGGCCGCCGCCCCCGCCGCCCGGCCACAAACGCACCCUGUCCGACCCGCCCAGCCCGCUCUGUCACGGCAGAGGGGGCGUGUCCGGCGGGGGUGAGACGCAAGCACACGGAAGCGACUCCACGCCUCCUCCCGUCAACAAGAUGUCGCCCGUCUCCAACAAGUUUGAAGGCAUUCCUCAGCAGCAAAGUACGACUUCAAGCAACACAAAGUCCACACUUGGUCCAAGGGUUCUUCCCAAACUACCUCAGAAAGUGGCGCUGCGCAAGAUCGACACCAUCCACCACCCUUCCAUGGAUAAACCCAGCCUCCCGCCAGAGGUCUUCCAGAAAUCCCCGCCGGGGACGGACGCCCCGCAGAAGGCGCCGGCCCCGGAGAGGCCCCAGCCCGGCGAGCUGCCGCCCAAGCCGCAGCCGUCCGAGCUGCCGCCCAAGCCCGGGGAACUCCCGCCGAAGCCGCAGCUCUCGGACCUGCCGCCCAAACCGCAGCUGGGCGACCUGCCGCCCAAACCGCAACUCAAAGACCUGCCGCCCAAGCCCCACCUGGCCGACAUGCCGCCCAAACCGGGGACGGGCGAGUCGGCCCCGCGGCCGCCGGGAGAGGCCCUCGCCAGGCCUCAGACGCAGCCGCCCCCGCCGCCGCCGCAGCCGCAGCCUCCGGACUCGCCGUCCCCCAAUCAGCCGCCACCGCCGCAGCAGCAGACCGCCGAGGAUGCCAACGGGACGCCGCCUGGGACCUCGGAGACCCCCGUGCCCCUCCCGAGGAAGAUCAACGCGGGUAAGAGUAAGGCGCGGCGCGUGAAGACCAUCUACGACUGCCAGGCCGACAACGACGACGAGCUGACGUUCGUGGAGGGUGAGGUGAUUGUCGUCACGGGCGAGGAGGACCAGGAGUGGUGGAUCGGUCACAUCGAGGGCGAGCCAGAGCGGAAGGGCGUCUUCCCCAUGUCCUUCGUGCACAUCCUCAGCGACUGACGGCUCGCCAAAUCAAACCUUUGCACUACGCCUCCGUGUACAUAAAUGAGAAACAUCCACUCACAUAAAAGUCAAAAAAUGGGAAAGGCUCGUCCGUGCUGUACAAAGAAUGUGCGUAACCCCCCCCCCCCCAGUAUUAUCUCCCCCAUCAUAUUCUAUACAAGCUCCCAUCACUUAGCUAUCUGUCCACGCUGUGUGUGUAUAUACGUAUGUAAAUAUAUAUAUUUGUGUGUCCGCUGUACAUGUUUUACUGUACAAACAAAAAAACAUGCUAUGGCACAUUUUAUCCGUAUUCCUCCAUCCACAAGGGAAUUUUUCCGGCAUAUCCCCCCGCCCCUCAAAGAAAUCAACGUAGCCCCGCCCCAGCUUGCUUUGUGUGUACACGUGUUGUUUUACAGUAGACCAACAAACCUGCUGCUGCCCGAAUAGCCUGUGGUGGAAUAUCCAAUGUUUACUUUAUCUCCCUAAACCUUAUGCACGACUGGAACGCUCACCUCAGGGUAUGAAGAGCCACUAGAGAGAAUGCAACCCCCCCCCCCCAAGCCACUAUUAUUAAGAAGCAGUAUUUAACACAAAAAAAAAAAGACAGCAAUAAUCUCAAGCCAACGCAGUGGGCUUGACAUUUUCCAACUUGUCUCAUAAGCGACAAGCUUUUAUGGGAAGCUCGUACAAAACGAUAACCAGAAAGAUUGUGAUGUCACCUGCUCCUCAAUGACUUUGUCCCCAUUGUUUAGGAACAAAACAAAAAAGAGAAACCAACCCAUUGUAUCAUUAAAGUGCUGUACUUCAUCCAAAUUUGA